CGCUGAGGCUGUACGGCAAACAUGCGAGUAAGCAUGUAUGCUUGUAAAUUUAUUUUCUCUCUCUCUCUCUCUCUCUCUCUCCUGUGUUGGGAGUAGGUAAUUAGUAGGUAUGCGCUGGGCCGGCCGGCAAAUUCUUGGUGGCUCGGGUCACGUUCAAUGACGCUUAGUCACCCAGCCUUUCCACCGCGGCCAAUCAAAAACGACCAAUUGGGAAUAACUUAGCAUCCGGCCCAGACACCCAGUUUUCGUCUUCAAUCCGCCGAAAGCUCCCGACUUCCUCCAUCACCAUUCACGCCAUCACGUCAAGCCAUUGAGAGCACACACCUCUGCCACAAUGGGUUUCUGGGAUACCAUCACGGACCUCGCUGAGGCCGCCAUGCCGUGGGCCACCGUCGAGGCCGAGGCUCCUGCCGCCGAGGAGAAGGAGGAGGAAACCCCCGCCGAGGAGGAGUCCAAGGAGGAGCCCGAGGCCGAGGAGGAGGAAGAGGAGGAGGAAGAGGAAGAGGAGGACGAGGAGGAGACCGUUGACCCCAAGGAGCAGCUCGAGAAAGAGUGCGAGGAGUCCAAGGCCUGCGCAUCGGUCAAGCACCACUACGACGAGUGCGUCGAGCGUGUCACCGCGGCCGCCGAUAGCGAGGAAGGCGCCAAGGAGGACUGUGUCGAGGAGUUCUUCCACCUCGCCCACUGCGCCACCCAGUGCGCUGCCCCCAAGCUCUGGGCCAAGCUUAAGUAAACUGAUCCACCCGACUCACGAAAAGACGGCGUCGACGGAUGCCAAGACCAUCGCAUCAGCAUUAGCGCAGGUUGUUUUCUAGAAGGUGGCCGCGAAAGACGAGAUGCUGAGACGAGACGACGACGACGUCUAGUACCGGUCCCUUGGGACCAACCCUGUACCUCAAGGUGCCCAUCAAGCCGGGUCGCUCAGCAGUGGGCGCUGUCGGGCUUGUGGCGCCGAUAUUUGUCCUUUGUACCAUAGGCAUCGCCCGCAAUAGAUUCCUCCAUGAUUUAUCCAGCUGUCGGCCUUGUCACGACCGUCAUCUCGCAGCCUCGGCAUGUUCGGUCUGGAACUCGGAUAUCCCCCUGUUACGAAGCCAGACUGGAGAGAUCAUUGACAUGUUCCGAUCUGGAAAUCCAUCAGCGUUUGGCGG